GGCCGAUGCUCUAUCCACUGAGCCAAACCGAUGCUUUCUUCACGUGUCGAAAAAAUGCCCUCCUGGCGAAGAGCUCGUCCCCCCAGGUAGAGGGUGACUUUGCCAUGGCCCCUCAGGGCCUGGACCAGGAAGAGUGUGAGGGCCUGCUGCAGCAGUGGCGAGAAGAAGGGUCGAGCCAGGUGUUCUCGACUGUGAGCGAGGGUCCCCUAGUAGAUAAGGGACUAGCCCAAAGCAGCUUGGCACUCCUGAUGGAUUAUCCUGGAGAACAGGAUGCUGCUUCCGAGGACAAGUGGUGCAGCAGGCAGCUGAGUGACCUGCAGGCAGCAGAGAACCUAGAGGAGCCUUCCCCCACGGUCCUAGGAGAGGAAUCACUGCCAGAGGGCGAGGGCCCGAUGUGGGCAGCUGUCCCCAUGCAGGCAGGCCCUCAGUAUGCAGACUGCACCAUCCUCCCAAUGGGUGCACUGGCUGCAGAGGAGUGGGAAGAGGACCCCGCAGUGGUCGCCUGGAGCCUAGCGCCUGAGCCCAUGCCUCAGGAAGAGGCUCCCAUCUGGUCCUUUGAGGGCCUGGGGCAGUUGCAGCCUCCCCCCGUAGAAAUUCCUUACCAUGAAAUCCUGUGGCGAGAAUGGGAGGAUUUCUCCACUCAGCUGGAUGCGCAGGGCCUGGAGGCAGGGGAUGGCCCUCAGUUCCAGUUCACUCUGAUGUCCUAUAACAUCCUGGCCCAGGACCUGAUGCAGCAGAGCUCCGAGCUCUAUCUGCAUUGCCACCCGGACAUCCUCAAUUGGAACUAUCGCUUUGCAAAUCUCAUGCAGGAAUUCCAGCACUGGGACCCUGAUAUACUGUGUCUUCAGGAAGUCCAGGAAGAUCAUUACUGGGAGCAGCUGGAGCCCUCGCUGCGAAUGAUGGGCUUUACCUGUUUCUACAAGAGGAGGACCGGGUGUAAGACGGACGGCUGUGCUGUCUGCUACAAGCCCACGAGAUUCCGUCUGCUUUGCGCCAGCCCUGUGGAGUACUUCCGGCCUGGCUUGGAGCUCCUCAAUCGGGAUAACGUGGGCUUAGUGUUGCUGCUGCAGCCACUGGUCCCAGAAGGCCUGGGGCAAGUCUCGGUGGCCCCAUUAUGUGUGGCUAAUACCCACAUCCUGUACAACCCACGCCGGGGUGAUGUCAAGUUGGCCCAGAUGGCCAUUCUCUUGGCUGAAGUGGACAAGGUGGCUAGGUUGUCAGAUGGCAGCCACUGCCCCAUCAUCUUGUGUGGGGACCUGAAUUCCGUCCCUGAGUCACCUCUCUACAACUUCAUCAGGGAUGGAGAGCUGCAAUACGAUGGGAUGCCGGCCUGGAAGGUGUCUGGACAGGAAGACUUCUCCCAUCAGCUUUACCAGAGGAAGCUGCAGGCCCCACUAUGGCCCAGUGCCCUGGGCAUCACUGAUGGCUGUCAGUAUGUCACCUCCUGUCAUCCCAAGAGAUCAGAGAGACGUAAAUAUAGCCGAGACUUCCUGCUACGUUUCCGCUUCUGCAGUAUUGCCUGUCAGCGACCAGUAGGACUGGUUCUUAUGGAAGGAGUGACAGAUACUAAGCCAGAACGACCUGCUGGCUGGGCCGAGUCGGUUCUUGAGGAAGACAUGUCUGAGCCUGAGCCCGAGCCCGAGCCCGUCUCCCCCAGGACCGUAGGCACCAUCCAGCACUGCCUCCACCUGACCUCGGUAUAUACUCACUUCCUGCCCCAGCAUUGCCGCCCAGAGGUCACCACAAUGCCCUUGGGUAUUGGAGCAACAGUGGAUUACAUCUUCUUCUCAGCUGAGUCCUGCGAGAAUGGGAACAGGACUGAUCACAGGCUAUAUCAAGAUGGAACUCUCAAGCUCCUGGGCCGUCUCUCCCUCCUCUCUGAAGAGAUUCUCUGGGCUGCCAAUGGCUUACCCAACCCCUUCUGCUCUUCAGACCACCUCUGCCUGCUGGCCAGCUUCGGGAUGGAAGUGACCGCCCCAUGAUGGGCUCCCAAGGGAAGAGAGCCGCUCUUCUAGAAGAGCCCACUGGGUCAGAGACUGGAAAUAUCCCAUGCUUCUGAAAACUUAGAUCCAAGAAACUUACAGCCCCUCCCCUCCCCUCCUGUUCCCUUUUCCCAUGGUUAGAUUUUCUGUGGGCCUGUCCAGGCUCUCUGCCUGUGGUCCCUUCCCUGCCCCAACCUCUUCCUAAUCCUCUUGUGCCACAUGCUUGGUGGCCCUGGGAGAGGCGGAAGGGGGGCUUCCCCCUUCCUUCCAUGUAUCCAGCGCUCCUCUUGAUUUUUAAUUACCAGGGUUGUGGGAGCUAUUGAUCUCAUUUGUUAUUUGCUUUCA